AUUAAAUAAUUAUAAGUAGUGAACAAAAAACUCAUUGCUUUCUUAAAGAUCUCACCUUUCUCAUUUUCAAGCGUCAGACAAAUCUUCAGGCGAUUUAGUCCUCUGCUCCUCUUCCGUGGAACCGACGUCAAUCGGCUCGAAAACACACCUUCCGCCGCGAGACAAAACUUGUUGGCCGUGCUUCUUCGAGGGGUUUGUGAAGCGAUGCAAAGUGAACUCAUGAGAAAUGAAACUCACAGUGUGGGGGAGUGCUCUAGCUCAACUUCCUUAAGCAGUCAGCGGGACAUUGAGGAUGACCGCAUGAUCGCUGUUGUGCUGUCGGAGGAAUAUGCCGAGUUAGAUGGUGCAGUGGCAAGAAGGCUUUCCAACCUUGCGCCUGUUCCUCACGUCCCGAGGAUCAAUUCCUACAUUCCCAAUCUAAGUGAUGCCAGUUUAGACUACCAGCGACUUCUCCAGAGGCUGAAAGUUUAUGGUUUAUAUGAAGUGAAGGUUUCUGGGGAUGGUAAUUGUCAGUUCCGUGCAUUGUCGGACCAAAUGUUCAAGUCACCUGAAUAUCACAAGCACGUAAGGAAAGAAGUUGUGAAGCAGCUCAAAGAUUGCCGUAACUUAUACGAAGGCUAUGUUCCAAUGAAGUACAAAAAGUAUUACAGGAAGAUGUCCAAAUCUGGUGAAUGGGGGGAUCACGUGACCUUACAAGCUGCGGCUGAUAAGUUUGCUGCGAAGAUCUGCCUCCUGACAUCUUUCAGAGAAACGUGCUUUAUCGAGAUCGCGCCUCAGUUUGAGGCCCCGAAGCGCGAGUUUUGGUUGAGCUUCUGGUCUGAGGUGCACUACAACUCCCUCUACGAGAUUCGAGAUGCCCCAAUUAGCCAUAAGCCGAGGAAGAAGCACUGGUUGUUUUAGAGGAAGCAGAUCGCUGAUCACCCCUGUCACUAGAGAAUCGAUAGCUUAUACUGUGCAUAUAUAUACCCUUGCAAUUCUUUCGUGGUCUUGCGUUCAUUACACACGAAACAUAGAAAUGCUGCUGAUCAUGUUACAGUGAUUCUUUUGUUACCCAGAUGUUUUGAUAAUUUACUUAUAUGUAAUGUAGGUGGUUGGAUCUGUUAUAUUCUUUCAUUGUACUAUGUAGUCCGAGAUUGGUGCUUUGCUACAUUGACAAUUUCUCGAGCACGAAUUAUGUUCUUUCAAGAGGUGUACUGGAAUUUCUGAUACUUCA